CCUAUAUUUUCAUGUAGGGGCUGAUACCUGCUCAUUUCAACUUCCACAGAUGCCGACAACAAUAUGUUUGCCGACGAUAGCGAGGUUGACGAUAAUAAUACCAUUGCCGACACAAAGGCCCACCACAGGUCAAAAGGGAAUUCAUUUAUCUCCCGUAGCGAAAUCUAUCGCUACCCCACCCAGCACUUGUCAACACCAAGAUUCAUCCGCUUUCCACCCUCCUCGCUAGCUAAGUGGUUCCGUAUGACGUCCAGACCACCAAUUGUGGAUAAUGUGGUCGAGUUGAUUGGGGCGGCUGAAUGUGUCAGUACCUAUAAUAGUUAGGCGCUCAAUAGAAGCUGUGAGCUGCGAGCUUCAAAAAAAAAAAAGACCGGGGGCGAACCGGGGAUGAUCCCCCCACCACAGCUCCAUACCCCUCGAAUAGCUGUUCGUUACGACAUUUUAUUGUUCGAAGAGAUUUUAAACCUCUGCGGGGGCUAUCGUGUGAGUUAAAGCUCUCACGAGAUUAUCGUACCUUAGCUACAGCUUAGCUCUCCGAGUACGGGGGAUCAAAUGAAAGAGUGAUUUUAUUUCUUAUCUUCUUAUUUAUCCCAUUUUCAUCUUUAACUAUCAUCAAGUCUCAUUCUAUUUAAAGCCAAGUAGCUUUCAUCGUAUACUCAACAUUUAAUUUCAUAUACCUCAUCUCAUCUCACAUACCUACGUCCUCCACCCCUAAUCCAAAAGACAAAAUGGACCCCAAAACCGCCAGCAACCUCUCCUUCAUCCUCAACAAACCCCACGACGUAACCUUCUCAUCCAAACCCGUGCCCACGCUUAAAAGCUCGCACGAUGUCCUCGUCGCCGUAAACUACACCGGCAUCUGCGGGUCCGACGUGCACUACUGGGAACACGGGGCAAUCGGACACUUCGUCGUGAAAGAGCCCAUGGUCCUCGGCCACGAGUCCGCGGGCACCGUAGUCGAAGUCGGGCCCGCGGUCAAGACGCUGAAGAAAGGCGACCGCAUCGCGCUCGAGCCAGGGUACCCGUGCCGGCGCUGCGAGCCCUGUCUCAGCGGCCACUACAACCUGUGUCCCGACAUGCAGUUCGCCGCGACGCCGCCUUACGACGGCACUUUAACCGGCUUCUGGGUCUCCCCCGCGGAUUUCUGCUAUAAACUGCCAGACAACAUGUCCCUGCAAGAAGGCGCGCUGAUCGAGCCCCUCGCCGUCGCCGUGCACAUCGUGCGCCAAGCGGCCGUUUCGCCAGGCCAAACCGUAGUCGUAAUGGGCGCGGGGCCCGUGGGUCUUCUCUGCGCGGCCGUCGCGCGGGCCUUCGGCGCGUCGAAGGUCGUAUCCGUGGAUAUCGUGGAGUCGAAGCUCGCCUUCGCGAAGAGCUUCUACUCCACGCACACAUACAUGAGCCAACGGAUCCCCGCGGAGCAGAACGCGGCGAACAUCCUCGCCGAAGCGGGCAUCGACAACGGCGCCGACGUCGUCAUCGACGCGUCUGGUGCCGAGCCCAGUAUCCAGACGAGUCUGCACGUCGUGCGCAUGGGCGGGACGUAUGUCCAGGGCGGCAUGGGGAAAUCCGAUAUCACGUUCCCGAUCAUGGCUAUGUGUCUCAAGGAAGUUACUGCGAAGGGCAGUUUCCGGUACGGCAGCGGUGAUUACAAACUUGCCGUCGACCUUGUCGCGUCGGGGAGGAUCGCUGUGAAGAAGUUGAUUAGUGGGAUUGUGAGCUUUGAUAAGGCCGAGGAGGCGUUUAAGAAGGUUAAACAGGGCGAGGUUAUUAAGUUGUUGAUCGCGGGGCCGAAUGAGAAGAUUGCUUGAGGGGAUGGGCGAGGUGGAAUGGUAGGUAGGGUUGUUGGGAUGGGUGCGGGUCAGUGAAUGGAUCUGGCUGAGUGUCGAUUGGAUAUCGAGGGCUACAUCGUGGCGUCUGGUUAGUAUAUAGGGGCAUGGUAGUGGCUGUAGGCAUGGGCGUCGAGGUGUCUAGCACGGAUUAUAUGUAUGGAAGAGCAGUAUGGGUAAUAAAAAAAUCACCUACUUAUUCUACUCCCUCGCUCACACUUACAAUGCCUCGUAACACACAGCUCCGUUUCAAUCCACCUACAUAAUAAACACG